AUGUCUGGAGUUAUGAAGAGCGAUUUGCGGAUGAUAUCCUGCGGAGCAGCACCUCGUGAAAGCUACAGCGAGUCCCAUAGGUGGAACUACCGCUACAAACAGGCUGUUCAUCUGACAGUGCUCGUCACGCUGUUUGUUUGCUCUGUGGGCUUAAUCCGUCGCCUACUCCUCACAGUCUACAAGCCCGACGUCGUCGACACGUCUGUCUCGGAAGUCUCCAAUUACCGCCUACAUUUUCCUGCGGUAACGAUUUGCAACCAGAAUCCUUUCAGGAAAUCAAGGAUCUGCGAAGACGAUACGUUCCGUCCGCUGUGCAAUAUCGCGCGAGGCGAUGACCGUUUGUUCGUCGAGGAGUUCAUUCGAAUCUUGAGGAAUUAUGAGCUGGAUCUCCGAGCCCUCGAAAACGUCACAUACGCUCCCGACGAACUCAUAAUAUCAUGCCAUAUCGAUGGGAAACGUUGCCACGGCAGCUGGUACAGACGAGUGACACCCGCCUUACCACGUCUUGGUAUCUGUUAUUGCUUGUUUUGCGGCAUGGACAUAAACAGAAUUCCCGAGGCCGAGAGCGAAGACCUAGUUUUACAGCUUCGCAGCGAAUUCGACGAUUAUUUGCCUCAUACGUCAGAUAAGGGCUUCGUCGUGAUGCUUCAUGAUCCCGCCGAUUUCCCUAGUGUGAACAAAGAUGGAGUAUACGUCUCGCCCGGAGUGGUCAGUAACAUCGGGAUUUCGGUCACCAAGUUGGAGCAGACCGAAUCAUUAGCCGAGUCUUGUUCGGAUGAAUGGCCUCAAAGUGUCUUCAGCAUCGUAGACUAUCUCGACCUCAUCGCCUAUUCGCCGGAGCUCUGUACGAAACUCUGCACGAAUGUCGCGAUAAUCGAUAAAUGUAAUUGCACCGAGGUCGAGGACCUGGACGACGGAUCCCUGCAUUUCCAGCUGCUACUAGACACCGAAGGUAUCUGUGCUGACGAAAACAACACGAAGGCAGCUUCCGCAUGUCACAAAGAAGCUCUCGUCGAUUCAGCUGGAUUCUCGAGGGAUCAUAAGACGGAGAGAAACUGCGAAUGUCCAAGCAAGUGCGAGCAGACGAUGUACAAGAAAACACUCUCUUCAGCGGACCUGGCUCCUUCGAGAACACUGACGGAUGCUGAACUCGAAGCGAUCCUGGAGGCUAUCGAAAGAGAAACGGACGGGGUCCUCCGCACGGCGAGCCCGGGAGAGAUCGAGGACGAGUUCCCCAAGGGGACCCGGACAGGGGUCCUCGCAGACAUCCUUUUGGGUCGAAAUUCCGCGACCCACGCCGAGGACCACUCGACGAUCAUCCUCCUCCCCCUCCUCACCUUGAUUCCCCUUCUCAUGAUUCGCUUCGCGAAGGCUUUCAGUAGGGUUAGGAUUUACUUCUCCUCGAUGAGCACCACAGUGCUCAAGCAAAGCCGGAAGAUCAACGGCAGAGUUCUUCAGGAACUAUUCGGGAGCUAUUUCAGUACGUUCCUCGGCGUCAGUGCCUUCAGCGCUCUCUACUGGCUAAUCGACCACACGUCGGGCAUCUGCUGCGUCAGCGCUUGGUUGGAUCGAUUCGCUCAGAGAUUGAGCCUUAAGUCUCGACGCGCGGUCGGGUAA